ACAACUUUUAUAGACCACCCUCUUCUCUAUUUCUCUUUGCUACUCUCUCACUCUUUGUGCUGGUCUGCUCUUUGUUUUAGUGUUACCUCUUUUCUCUCUCUCUUUUAACUCUGAAAUAGAGGAAGCAAAGAAGUUAUAAUGUCUACCCACCACCCCUUAAAACCUUCUCUUUCUCUUCCUUUUUUCCUUGUCUAAUUCAGCUCACUUUUCUUUCCUUUCCAACCAAGAUUUUCUCAUUUUUUUGUUUUUUCUCCCCCACAUUUCACUCUUUGUGUCUGUUUGGCAGAACCCCAUUUGAGGAAAAAAAGGAAAAAGAAUGGAGAAGAGACUGUUUAAGUUAUAGUGUGUAGAUUCCACCAUUUCCUUGUUAAUUCUUAAGCUGUCUUUGCUUUCUAUCAGAUCUAUUAGCUACUACUAAAAUCCCCUUUUUUCUCAUUUCAAGAUUACCCCUUUUGUUUGGUUUUUUUCAUUAACUUGGAGAUAUGAGUAAAGAAGAGUUCUUGAAGAUCCAGACUUGUGUCCUUAAAGUCAAUAUACACUGUGAUGGGUGUAAGCAUAAAGUAAAGAAAAUCUUGCAAAAGAUUGAAGGGGUUUAUAAGACGAGCAUAGAUUCAGAACAAGGAAAAGUGACUGUUUCUGGAAAUGUAGACCCUGCUACACUGAUCAAGAAAUUAGCCAAGAGUGGGAAACAUGCAGAGGUUUGGGGUGCCGCCUCCAAGGCCAGUAACAACAACCAACAAAAUCAGCUUAAUAAUCAGUUCAAGAACAUGCAACUUGACAAUGGUGGUAAAGGUGGCAAUAACAAGGGCCAAGCACAAGGCCAAGCUCAGAAAGGUGGGAAUAACAAUCAGCCAAAAGGUGGUGGUGGAGGGGGGCCUCAAAUGCCAAAUCAGCAACAACUUCAACAGUUGAAGCAAAUCCAAGAUCUGAAACUGCCCCCACAAUUCAAGGGCCUCAAACUUCCCCCCAUGGGCAAAGACCAGAACCCGAAAGCUGUCAAGUUUAGUAUGCCUGAGGAUGAUGAUUUGACUGACGAUGAGUUUGAUGACGAUGAGUUUGAUGAUGAUGACGAUGAAUUUGAUGACGAUGAGUUUGAUGAUGAAAUGGAUGAUAUCCCCAUCAAUAAGAUGAAGGCGAUGAUGGGCGGUAAUCCUGGUGCUCAGAUGAAGCCACCGAUGAUGGGUGGUAACGGUGGAGGAGCUCAGAUGAAGCCAAUGGUGGUUGGUAAUGGUGGCGGUCAGAUGAAGCCGAUGAUGGGUGGUAAUGGUGGUGGUCAGAUGCCUAAUCUGAUGAUGAAUGGACAGCACCCUCAGCCUAUGAAGGGUGGAAGUGGCGGGAACAAUGGUGGCAAUGGCGGUGGAAAUGGGAAAAAAGGCGGUGGUAAUGGUGGUGGUGGAAACAUUCCUGUUCAGGUUAACAUGGGUGGAAAUAAUGGUGGUAAGAAAGGUGGUGGUAAUGGAGGAAAUCAAAAUCAAGGUGGAGGAUCUGCUCAAAAGGGUGGCAAGAACGGUCCGGGGCAGCCGAAUGGUGGUGGUGGCGGCGGUGGUGGUGGAGGAAAUCCUAACAUGAAUGGCAAUGUGGCUAAAAAUGGUGGUGGAGGAAAUAAUGGGAUGCAAGGCAUGCCAAACAGGAUGAUGGCUAUGAGUGCGCCAGGUGGAAAUAUGGGCCAGUUGGGUAACAUGCCUAAUCCAAUGGGCCAGAUGGGCCAAAUGGGUGGUCUCCCAAUGAGUCAAAUGGGUAAUCCAAUGGGCCAGAUGAGUAAUCAUGUUCCGGCAGUCCAAGGCUUACCGGCAGGAGCGGCAAUGGGUGGCGGUGGUGGUAAUGGUGGUGGCUACUUCCAAGGUGCUGCUGGUUCUGAGGUUAUGGCUGGCAAUCCUUACAUGAUGCAGCAACAACAGCAGCAACAACAACAGCAAAUGGCAGCUAUGAUGAUGCAGCAACAACGUGCCAAUGGGAAUGAAAGGUUUCAACCAAUGAUGUAUGCUCGGCCACCACCAGCAGUGAAUUACAUGCCACCGCCGUACAACCCGUAUUACUACGGCCCUCCACCACCUCCAAGUGAUAACUACAGCACCUUCUUCAGUGAUGAAAACACCAACAGUUGCACUGUGAUGUGAAGGAUGUGAGCGCUCUUAAGACAGAGAAUGGAUGGUGGCUGCAUUCAUCAUUAGUCUAAAUGACUUUGUUAGUCUUUCAUGCCACAAUAUAGAAAGGAGAUGAAUUUUCCCUUUGAACCUUACCUUAGGUCUCUUUUUUAUUUUUAUGUUUUACUUUUUUUCUUCUUCCUUUAUCAAGUUCCUUUUUAAUCCUAAGAUUAGAUUAGGGGUCUCAUGAUAGGGUUUAAUGGUAUAUGAAGUCUUUAGGAGAGAGGGGGAGGGACAUGGAUGUUGUAAGUUGGUCUCUCAUGGAAGGAGAUGUUUGUAUAUGUUUUAUAUAUCUUUGAAGAGCAAAGGAAAUAAAAUUGGAAGAAAAUGGGAAAUUUUAAAAA